AUGAUGAGAGAAGGAGCGUGGAUUUUUCGAGUUAGGUUUGAGGGUACGGUGAGAAAGUGGAAACGAAUUAGAGUCAAGAAUUUCUCCUUCAUCAAGCAGUGGAGUUUUCUUGGUCGAGACGGAGUUGAACCGGUGGUGAAGGAGAUUAAGAAAGAGAAAGGACUUGAGGAAAUAUAUGUUGAGGAAAGAAACGAAUCCUUCACAUUGUAG